AUGUCCGAAACAUCGACUGCCCGCUCUGCGGCGAACCUUACCCACCAUCCCUCAUACAAACUCAUGCGGCUCUCGCCGGCACGGUCACCUGCUGCGACAAAGCCGGGCCGCGCGACGAGCAUUGGCGCCAUUGAUCUGACGGGCGAUUCCGAUACCGAGUCCAAUCUAGGAAGCAACGCCGAGAACAACGCCGGAGCAUCUACCAGAGAUAUCACUCCAUCGUCCACAGCCACCUCGUCUCCGGCUCGGCAUGCCUCGAGCUCUGUGGCUGUUGCUGGGGGUGGCGUCAAGCGGCGAGCGGAUGGAUCGCUGGUCGGACAGGGUGCACAAGGCGGGAUGACGGCGGCCGCUGCGGCUGCUGCGGCUGCGGAAAGACGGGCGAGCAAGAGGAGCGGAUUGGCUGGCGGAUUGGCAAGCGGAGAGGUGGCAGAGGAGAGAGCGCUGAAAAGGCAGCGGCGGCUGGACGGCACGCCUGUGGACGAGAGUGAUGCAGAGGGCGAGGACGAGGUGGGCGGACGGUUCACGGUACUGACGUGGAACGUGUGGUUCGAGCCUAUCGAGAUGGCGCGGCGGAUGGUGGCGAUCGGGAGGGAGAUCCAGGCGCGGAAGCCAACACUGGUGGCGCUGCAGGAGGUGACGCCGACCUCGCGCGAGCUUCUGCUCGCGCUUCCGUGGGCAGUCGACUACAACGUGACAGAGCAGCCGGCGGAUGUGCCUUACUUUACCCUCGUUGCUCUCCGCAUCGCCCCGCUCCAGGUCCAGCGCAUCGGUUUUGCCAACUCGUGCAUGGCGCGCGACGUGGUGGUGGCGUCGGUGGAGAUCGAGGCGCCAGGUUGCGGCGGCCCGCUCCGGCUCGCCUUUGCCACCUCGCACCUCGAGUCUGGCUCGCAAGCUGCAACGACACGGGUGGCGCAGCUCGGAGCAUGCCUCAAGCUCCUCUCGCCGCCCAAGUCUGGUGCCGACGCAGCCAUUCUUGUCGGCGAUCUCAACCUGCGCAAGCGCGAGGGCCUUCCGCUGCCGACCGGGAACGGGUGGGCGUGGGCUGAUGCAUGGACUGAGCUCGGUCGUGCCCACGCCGCGGGCGCCACCAUGGACGCUGCCAUCAACCCGUAUGCCACCUGUGCCUUUAUCCGUGACUUUAAGACCCGCUACGAUCGUGUGCUCUUCCGCCCCUCGCGCAGGGCCAAGCCGACUGCUAGCCCGCGACCAUCGAUUGUCCUCAUCGACAUGGUUCGCAUCGGCAUGAAGCCGUUCGGCUACGACGCUGCCAGCAAGCCCAUCUUUUGCUCGGACCACUUUGGCCUGGUUGCCACCUUUGACGUUGUCCGCUGAUGCUUCGGCUACACAAAUAAACGUCAGCUACUGUCUGUUGUCCGUUGACGG